UUUUUAGUUAUUGCGCCGAGCACAAACUCCGACUAUCUUGCUCACGAAGGAAAAGGAAAACAAUCAGUUUCUUGCAAAUUCAAACCACCGAAUUCAAAAUUCACAAUUCGAAUCCGUCGGCGUAAGAUCCAGAUUUUCCGGCAAACGAUGGCGCUGGAGUGGGUCGUGUUGGGAUACGCAGCUGCGGCGGAGGCGAUCAUGGUGGUCCUUCUGACCCUACCGGGUCUCGACGGUCUCCGCAAGGGGCUGGUCGCCGUCACGCGCAAUCUCCUGAAGCCGUUCCUCUCGGUGGUUCCCUUCUGUCUCUUCCUCCUCAUGGAUAUAUACUGGAAGUACGAGAUGCGUCCUUCGUGCGACGGAGAGUCCUGCUCUCCGACGGAGCUUCUUCGUCACCAGAAAUCCAUCAUGAAGUCUCAGCGAAACGCGAUCUUGAUCGCUGCGGCGUUGUUGUUCUACUGGAUUCUGUAUUCUGUCACCCAUCUGGUUGUCAGGAUCGAGCAGCUUAACCAGCGGAUCGAGAGGUUAAAGAACAAGGAUUAGAUCGCGAUUCGCAGGUUCCAUUUGCGGUAAUGCCGUUUUGGAUUCAAUGAGGAAGUGUCGUUUCCUUGUCUUGUUAGGCCUUUUAGUGUUUCCCUCUACUUGAUGUUGCUUUUGUAUCCUGGAUAUUGAAGGAUAUAUAUCCUUUUUGCUUUUGCCUUAUUUGAUCAGUUUUUUAUUUCUGACAUGUUUUCUCCUUCGUUUCAUCGGAUUUUGGCGUUUUAUA